UCAGAUCCGCUUAGUGUCGGCGCUGCUCUCUGCUGCCCCCUUCUGGUAAAACUGAACAUCUGAGGGAAUUUCCACUGGGGAAGGAACUCCAAUCUCUUAAUUCUCGGUGUCACCUGGAGGAUUCAGUUUUGCGUAGAUUCGACUGGAUUAAACAUCUCAGUCCACUGUGACCAGCGAUGGUUUCGUGGAGCUGAAAUCAGUCUGUGAGAGUGAGUCUGCGGAUUCUGCGUGUAGAGGAAAUAAUGACGGACAUGCGUGAACUAAAGUGAAGCGGAACGAGCCCCAACUGUCACACUUCAAACUGACUUCCACCUGAGCGAGCUGACAAGUGUAACUGGGGCGCUUUGUGUGAUAUCUGCAGACACGAUGGCUGCUGACGACCACUAUCUUCAUGCUACCAGCCAGAUUUUCGACACCAUGUUGAACGACCCAUCCUGGGAGCUCCCGCACUUUGCAGCGAUGCCUCAUACCCCAUCCCUGCAGUCAGUGGACGCACCGUACUUGCAGAUCUUGGAGCAGCCAAAGCAGCGCGGCUUCAGGUUCAGGUACGGCUGUGAAGGUCCGUCUCACGGCGGUCUACCAGGAGCCUCUAGUGAGAAGAACAGGAAGACAUACCCGAGCGUGAAGAUCUGUCACUACCAGGGUCAAGCCCGGGUCGUGGUCCAGUUGGUGACGGCGCAGACCCAGCUGCCUCAGCUCCACGCACACAGUCUGGUGGGGAAGCAGUGCGAUAAAGGCAUCUGCAUCGCUGACCUGCAGUCCAAAGACUCCAUCAUCAGUUUUCCCAACCUGGGGAUUCUCCACGUGACCAAGAAGAACGUGGCAAAGACCCUGGAGGAGCGGAUGAUCGAAGCCUUCAGGAUGGGUUACAACUGCGGGAUCUCCAUCCACCCGGAGAUUGACGCCCAGCAGGGAGAGGUCAGAGUCCCACGGGACCUUACAGAGCACCAGCGUAGCGUAAUAAGCAGCGCAGCAGCCAACCAGGCCAAGGAGAUGGACCUCAGCGUGGUCCGCCUCAUGUUCACCGCGUUCCUCCCUGACAGCGACGGCGGUUUCUCUAGACGACUGGAGCCGGUGGUGUCCGAUCCCAUCUACGACAGCAAGGCUCCCAACGCCUCAAACCUGAAGAUUGUAAGGAUGGACCGGACCGCUGGCUGUGUGACAGGAGGAGAGGAGGUCUACCUGCUCUGUGACAAAGUCCAAAAAGAUGAUAUCCAGGUACGGUUCUAUGAGGAAGAUGAGUCGGGGCUGAUCUGGGAGGCUCUGGGAGAUUUCUCCCCCACUGAUGUCCACAGACAGUUUGCGAUCGUCUUCAAGACCCCAAAGUAUCGAGACCAGAACCUGCAGAAGCCGACAUCUGUGUUUGUCCAGUUAAAGAGGAAGUCUGAUAACGAGACCAGCGAGCCCAAACCCUUCACCUACCAUCCUCAGAUUAUAGAUAAAGAGGAGGUGCAGAGGAAGAGACAGAAGACGUUGCCCAACUUUCAGGACUUCAGUGGACAUGGAGGAGGAGGAGGACUGUACCGAGGAGGUCCUGCGACAGGAGGAGGACCAGGCUCGGCAGGAGGAGGAGGAUACUAUCAGGGUUACACCUCCUACAACUAUGGAGGAGGGGGAGGAGGUGGAGGAUUCUCCACAGCUUACUCAACUGGACUUGGAGGAGGAGGCGGCAUGAAGCACACUUUGCAGGGUGGCGGUGUGGACGACAGCGAUGACGACAGCGACCCAGACGAUGACCCGACAGCCGGGGCUGUGCUGCUCGGCCCUGUCCAGUCAGAGGGCCCCGAGGACGGGGAUAGGAGUAAGGAUGGAGCGGUCAGCUUGAAGCCUGGAGCAGAAGAUCUACUGAUGGAGGCGACCCACAGGCAGCUCGACGCUCUCUUCCGAUACUCUGUCACAGGCGAUUCAGCAUACCUGCUGGCUCCACAGCGCCCCCUGAUGACGGCACAGGAUGAGGAUGGCGACACGGGGCUGCAUCUAGCAGUUCUCCACAGCCAGCAGGAGGCGCUGAUGAGCCUGACGCAGGUAGUGUCUGCUCUCACUGGAGAGGAGGUGCUCAACAUGAGGAACCACCUGCACCAGACUCCUCUGCACCUGGCAGUUAUCACCCAGCAGAAGAAGGCGGCAGAAGCGCUGCUGCUGGCUGGCGCUGACCCGACUUUGACGGAUCGUCAUGGCAACACAGUUCUUCACCUGGCAGCGCAGCAGGAAGGAUGUGGGAUGGUGGAGCUUUUGAUGCAACACAAAGAGCUAAGAAAGCUGAUGGAGUCCAGCAACACAGCAGGUCUGUGUGCCAUACACCUGGCAGUUCUGGCAAAUCGGCUGCAGGCUCUCAGAGAGCUGCUAGUAGGCGGAGCCAACGUCAACGCCCAGGAGUGUAGCUAUGGGCGGACCGCCCUCCACCUCGCCACAGAGACUGACAACGUGUCGCUGGCCGGAUGCCUGCUGCUGGAGGGAAACGCCAAGGUGGACUGCUGUACCUUCAACGGCUCCACCCCUCUCCACAUUGCUGCAGGGCGCGGCUCCGUCAAGCUGACAGCUCUCCUCAUGGCUGCAGGUGCUGACCCUCAGAGGGAGAACUUUGAGCCACUCUUCUUCUCCGAGGAGGAGGAGGAAUGUGAAGAAGACAGGGAGGAUGACGAUGAUGAAGGCUACGUACCCGGAACAACUCCAGUCAACAUGGCCACCUCGUCUGAGGUGCUGGACCUUCUCAACGGUAAAGAGUACGAAUCAAAGAGCCAGCGAGCCUUUGUCGCUCCCCAGGGUGAUCUGUCCAGCCUGGACGUGGAGGUGAAGCGUGCCGUCUGCGGAGCCCUGGAAACUGAAGGAUGCUGGGAGAACCUGGCUCACAGCCUUGGCCUCGGCAUCCUGAAUACCGCCUUCAGGAUGAGUCCUUUUCCGGCCAAAACCCUGCUGGACAGCUACGAGGUUUCAGGGGGAACCAUCUCUGAUCUGCUGGCUGCUCUCAGGUCAGCGGGGGAGUGCAGGGCACUCCGCAUCCUGGAGGAGGCGCUUUGUCAGAACCAGGAGCAGAGCGAUGAUCCGGCAGCUGAAGCUCUGUGCCCUCAGGUUCAGAACCUGAAGCUGGAAGCUCAGAUUGACAGCGGGGUGUGUGACAGCGGGGUGGAGCUCUCCACAGCGUAGCCGUGUGAUUGGUCCAGAUUUCACCUCCUCAUCAUGACUCAUCAAGGCUUAAAGUUUCUUAAUAUUUGAGCAGAACUGUUGAUCCGAUUGGACGACCAACCUCUGAUUUUUACUGACAGGAAGAGAACCGGUGCUGCAGCUUCACUUCCAGUUUCUAAACAGCUCCCUGAAGCUCAA